AUGUCUAGAAGUGGGACAACUUCAAAUUCUUGUGAGCCCAAUGCUAGACCUCCUAGACCUAGAAGUAAGAAUGCUUCAGGAAACCGUACUGACAUUGGAUGGAAACAUGGAACAGAUGUUUUGGGCAAUGGAAAAAAAGUGAAAUGCAACUAUUGCUCAAAAACAUUCAAUGGAGGAAUUUUCAGAUUUAAGCAUCAUAUUGCUGGCAUUAGAUAUGAUUCUAAACCAUGUGCCUUAGUUCCUGAAGAAGUGAAAGUUGUAAUGAUAAAAGUUGAGGCAGAGGCUAAGGAUGUUUCAAAAAAGAAAAGAAGACGAAAUACAAUUGAUGAGUUUGAUGAUGAGCAUAUUGAAGAGGUGGAUACCAAUCAAAGUAGUAGUAGUAUGAUGUUCAAAAAUAAAGGAAUGGAAAAAUCCAGUCAAGGUGUUCAAUCUACUUUAAAUCAGCAGUAUAAGAAAGGGGAUAAAGAAAAAGUUGAUGCUCAAGUGGCUGAAUUUUUUUACACAAGUGCUAUUCCAUUCAAUGUUAUUAGAAAUCCUACUUUUGCAAAAAUGUGUGAAAUGAUUGGAAGAUAUGGAGUUGGCUACAAACCUCCAUCAUAUCAUGAUAUUAGAGAAAUUUUUUUUGAAACAAGCAGUGCAAAAAACCGAUUGAAUAGUCCUAAAGGGACCGUGUUUCUUUAUUCAUUGGAUACAUCAGAUAUCUCAAAAAUUGCAGAUAAAGUGUUUAAGAUGUUGGAUGAUGUAGUGGAAUUUGUUGGAGAGGAGAAUGUGGUUCAAGUGGUUACCGAUAAUGCUGCAAAUUUCAAGGCAGGUGGGGAGUUAUUGAUGAAAAAAUGGGAGCAUUUGUAUUGGACUCCAUGUGCUGCCCAUUGCAUUGAUUUGAUCUUUGAAGAUUUUGAGAAACAUUUAAAGGUCCAUCAAAUUACUAUCAAGAAAGGGAGAAGAAUCACUACCUACAUUUAUGGUAGAGCAAUGCUAAUUAGCAUGCUGAAGAAGUUCUCCCAAGGUAGAGACUUGAUAAGGCCAGGUAUGGCUAGAUUUGCCACAUCUUAUUUAACUCUUGCAUGUCUCCAUUAA